AUGCAAUCUCUCGCUAAUCUCCCUCAUUCUCUCUCUUUCUGUCACUCACCUCAUUCUUUCUCAUUAUCUCUUUCGUUCUUUCUCUUUCUCUCUCUCUCUUUCUCUCUCUCUCUCUCUCUCUGCCUCUCCUCUAUCUCUCUAGUUCUUUCGCUCUAUCUCUCUUUCGUAUUAUCCCUGUCGCUUUUUCACUCUCUCUUUCUCUUUCUCAUUCUCUCUCGUUUUUUCUCUCUCUCGGCCUCCCCUUUAUCUAUCUCGUUCUUUCGCCUUCUCUUUCUUAUUAUCCCUCUCGCUUUUUCUCCCUCCUAUUCUCUUUUUCAUUAUCUCUCUCUCUCUCUCUCUCUCUCUCCCUCUUUCUUUCUCAUUUUCUCUCUCAUAGACAAGGUGUUUCUUUUCUAUAACUCUUUCCAAAUAUUCUUCCAGUUUUCUAUUUCUCUCUUUCUACUUCUCUCUUUCUACUUCUCUCUUUCCACCUCUCUCUUUCUACUUCUCUCUUUCUACUUCUCUCUUUCUACUUCUCUCUCUCUUUCUAUUUCUCUCUUUCUACUUAUCUCUUUCUACUUCUCUCUUUCUACCUCUCUAUUUCUACUUCUCUCUUUCAACCUCUCUCUAUCUACUUCUCUCUUUCUACUUCUCUCUUUCUACUUCUCUCUCUUUCUAUUUCUCUCUUUCUACUUCUCUCUUUCUACUUCUCUCUUUCUACCUCUCUAUUUCUACUUCUCUCUUUCCACCUCUCUCUUUCUACUUCUCUCUUUCUACUUCUCUCUUUCUAACUCUCUCUUUCCACCUCUCUAUUUCUACUUCUCUCUUUCCACCUCUCUAUUUCUACUUCUCUCUUUCUACUUCUCUCUUUCCACCUCUCUCUUUCUACUUCUCUCUUUCCACCUCUCUAUUUCUACUUCUCUCUUUCUACUUCUCUCUUUCUACUUCUCUCUUUCCACCUCGCUCUUUCUACUUCUCUCUUUCUACUUCUCUCUUUCCACCUCUCUCUUUCUACUUCUCUCUUUCCACCUCUCUCUUUCUACUUCUCUCUUUCCACCUCUCUCUUUCUACUUCUCUCUUUCUACUUCUAUCUCUUUCCACCUCUCUCUUUCCACCUCUCUCUUUCUACUUCUCUCUUUCUACUUCUAUCUCUUUCCACCUCUCUCUUUCCACCUCUCUCUUUCUACUUCUCUCUUUCUACUUCUCUCUAUCUACUUCUCUCUUUCUACUUCUCUCUUUCUACCUCUCUCUUUCUACUUCUCUCUUUCCAGCUCUCUCUUUCUACUUCUCUCUUUCUACUUCUCUAUUUCUAUUUCUCUCUUUCUAACUCUCUCUUUCCAACUCUCUCUUUCUACUUCUCUCUUUCUACUUCUCUCUUUCUAUUUCUCUCUUUCUAACUCUCUCUUUCCACCUCUCUCUUUCCACCUCUCUCUUUCUACUUCUCUCUUUCUACUUCUCUCUUUCUACUUCUCUCUUUCCACCUCUCUCUUUCUAUUUCUCUCUUUCUACUUCUCUCUUUCUACUUCUCUCUUUCUACCUCUCUAUUUCUACUUCUCUCUUUCCACCUCUCUCUUUCUACUUCUCUCUUUCCAACUCUCUCUUUCUACUUCUCUCUUUCUACUUCUCUCUUUCUAUUUCUCUCUUUCUAACUCUCUCUUUCCACCUCUCUCUUUCCACCUCUCUCUUUCUACUUCUCUCUUUCUACUUCUCUCUUUCCACCUCUCUCUUUCUACUUCUCUCUUACUACUUCUCUCUUUCUACUUCUCUCUUUCCACCUCUCUCUUUCUACUUCUCUCUUUCCACCUCUCUCUUUCUACUUCUCUCUUUCCACCUCUCUCUUUCUAUUUCUCUCUUUCCACCUCUCUCUUUCUACUUCUCUCUUUCUACUUCUCUCUUUCUACCUCUCUCUUUCUAUUUCUCUUUUUCUACUUCUCUCUUUCUACUUCUCUCUUUCUACCUCUCUAUUUCUACUUCUCUCUUUCCACCUCUCUCUUUCUACUUCUCUCUUUCUACUUCUCUCUUUCUAACUCUCUCUUUCCACCUCUCUAUUUCUACUUCUCUCUUUCCACCUCUCUAUUUCUACUUCUCUCUUUCCACCUCUCUCUUUCUACUUCUCUCUUUCUACUUCUCUCUAUCUACUUCUCUCUUUCUACUUCUCUCUUUCUACCUCUCUCUUUCUACAUCUCUCUUUCCACCUCUCUCUUUCUACUUCUCUCUUUCUACUUCUCUCUUUCUAUUUCUCUCUUUCUAACUCUCUCUUUCCACCUCUCUCUUUCUACUUCUCUCUUUCCACCUCUCUCUUUCUACUUCUCUCUUUCUACUUCUCUCUUUCCACCUCUCUCUUUCUACUUCUCUCUUACUACUUCUCUCUUUCUACUUCUCUCUUUCCACCUCUCUCUUUCUACUUCUCUCUUUCCACCUCUCUCUUUCUACUUCUCUCUUUCCACCUCUCUCUUUCUACUUCUCUCUUUCCACCUCUCUCUUUCCACCUCUCUCUUUCUACUUCUCUCUUUCCACCUCUCUCUUUCUACUUCUCUCUUUCUAACUCUCUCUUUCCACCUCUCUCUUUCCGCCUCUGUCUUUCUACUUCUCUCUUUCUACUUCUCUCUUUCCACCUCUCUCUUUCUACUUCUCUCUUUCCACCUCUCUCUUUCUACUUCUCUCUUUCUUUUUCUUUCUUUCUUGUUCUCUUUCUUUCUUUCUAUUUUAUUUCAGCACCUUCGAUUUUUUUUUAUUCUCCCCGCCUCCAUGUUUUCGUUUUAA